GAUGCCAGCAUAAUAUCCUGCUGUUCGAAGAACGGUAAUGUUUACCGAGGCAGCAAUCACAACAACUGGCCGCAGCAACUGGUGAAAUUAACGAUUUGUGAAGGCAGCUUGAGCAAACGUACGGUUGGAUUCCUUGCUAAAUAAUAAUUAUUCAUCAUGAACGUGGGCUUUGCUCUCGUUCUCCUCUGGUCUCUCCCAAUAACCAAUGUGCUUGCACAGCUGCCUGUACCUCAGAACCUGACUCUGCUCACCCUGAACACAGAGUACCUACUAACAUGGGACUGGGACCGGGACCAGACGACCACAGGCAACACUGUUACCUUCACUGCAGAGUACAUGGGGAAGUAUAAGAUGCAGAGGAAGAAGAAGAAGAACUGGAGCCGUGUGUGUGAGAGGACCAUACAUACCCACUGUAACUUCACAGGCUCUGAUCUGCACUACCUGGGCAUGUAUGUGCUCAGGGUCCGAGCCAGUGCAGACGGACUGCACUCAGACUGGGUCCUUAAAGACUUCUGCCCCGAUAAAGACGCUGCUUUGGGCCCACCAUCCAGGGUUGAGCUGGCUCCUGUGGGGAACCUGCUGGACGUGACCAUCUCUGACCCCCUGACCAGCACCCAGGGCUCCAUGAAGGAACACGUCCUCUCCCUGUACUACCACAUCCGGUACUGGAGCCUGUCUGAUGACCCUCGGGGUCUAAAGCCUAAUGUGGUGAACUCUAACAACAACCUGGUGACGCUGCCUGAGCUGGAGGCCUGGACGUGGUACUGCGUCAUGGUUCAGUCUCGCUACGACUACUACAACAAGACAAGCGGCUACACGGCACCCCAGUGCAUGCAGACAGAAGGUGACACACAGUGGAGGCAGAUCUUCCUGUACUUCCUGGUAGUAUGUUUCCUGCUGGUGCUGCUGCCCUACACCUUCUUUAGGUUCUACAGAGUCUUCAAACACACCUUCUACCCCACCAUCCAGCUGCCUGCAUACAUCCAGGAGUACCUCUGUGACUCCUCCCUCGGCUCUGAAAUGCCCAUUCUCCUCACUCCUGAGUCAGAGCUGUGCUGUGAUAAUCUGAGCGUGUACGCCGAGGUGGUGCUGCUGGAGAUCCACAUAGCUCCUCCCUUCACAGCUCCCCCCUCAGGGCUGCAGCAUGACAGCAGCAGGCAUAGCCGCCAGGGCAGUGAAGGCAGCGGAGACUCUGGGGUCUACUCCACAGAGGGAGGCUCCGGCCAGCAGGGUUCUAGUGGUGGGGGUGAGCCAAUCAGGAGAGACAAGGAAGUGGAGAAGGUCAAGCUGGAGGAGAUGGGUGAAGAGCCUGGAGAUGAAGGAGUUCCGGAUGAGGGAGUUGUGGAUGUGUGCGUCUGAGGAGAGAUGGAGAGAGCGAGAAGAGCGCUGGGUGGAAAGACUGUAGGUGAUGGUUGAAGAAUUGUAAUAGGGAAAGGAGGAGGGUCAUACAGAAUGUUCUCUGAAGUCUGUCUUUCUACCCCUCAAAGGACACUUUGAAGUUGAUGACAUCUUGCUUAAGACAUCACACAGAUUAAAAGACACCUCAAAAGUGUAACGGUAAACGUAUCCAUACCAACUCGUUCGGUAUGGGGGACCUCUGUUCAGUCUGCACUGUGAACCCAGAUUACUGUACCAGUCAAACGUUUGGCCACCCACUCAUUCCAGGGUUUCUUUAUUCUUACUAUUUUCUAAGUUGUAUAAUAAUACUGAAGACAUCCAAACUAUGAAAUAACAUACAUGGGAUCAUUAGUAUCCAAAAAUGUGUUAAACAAAUCGAAAUAUAUAUUUUAGAUUAUUCAAAGUAGCCACUCUUUGCCUUGAUGACAGCUUUGCACACUCUUGGCAUCCCUCUCAACCAGAUUCAUGAGGUAGUCACCUGGAAUGCAUUUCAAUUAACAGGUGUGUCUUGUUAAAAGUGAAUUUGUGGAAUUCCUUUCCUUCUUAAUAUGUUUGAGCCAAUCAGUUGUGUUGUGACAAGGUAAGGGUGGUAUACAGAAGAUAGCCCUAUUUGGUAAAAGACCAAGUACAUAUUAUGGCAAGAACAGCUCAAAUAAGCAAAGACAAACGACAGUCCAUCAUUACUUUAAGACAUGAAGGUCAGUCAAUCUGGAAUAUGGAAAGAACUUUGAAAGUUUCUUCAAGUGAAGUCGCAAAAACCAUCAAGCGCUAUGAUGAAACCGGCUCUCAUGAGGACCGCCACAGGAAAGGAAGACCCAGAGUUAUCCUCUGCAGCAGAGGAUAAGUUCAUUAGAGUUAGCAGCCUCAGAAAUUGCUACCCAAAUAAAUGCUUCAGAGUUCACGUGGUUGAAUGGCUGCAAAGAAACCACUACUAAAGGACACCAUUAAGAAAACGACUUGCUUGGGCCAAGAAACACGAGCAUUGCACAUUAAACCGGUGGAAAUCUGUCCUUUGGUCUGAUGAGUCCAAAUUUGAGAUUAGGUCAAUGGAUGAUCGCAUGUGUAGUUCCCACCGUAAAGCAUGGAGGUGUGAUGGUGUGGGGGUGCUUUGCUGGUGACACUGAUUUAUUUAGAAUUCAAGGCACACUUAACCAGAAUGUCUACCACAGAAUUCUGCAGUGAUACGCCAUCCCAUCGGUUUGCACUUAAUGGGACUAUCAUUCAUUUUUUAACAUGACAAUGACCCAGAACACACCUCCAGGCUAUGUAAGGGCUAUUUUACCAAGGAGAGUGAUGGAAUCACCCGACCUAAACCCAAUUGAGAUGGUUUGAGAUUAGUUGGACCGCAGAGUGAAGGAAAAGCAGCCAACAAGUGCUCAGCAUAUGUGAGAACUCCUGCAAGACUGUUGGAAAAGCAUUUCUCAUGAAGGUAGUUGAGAGAAUGCCAAGAAGUCAUCAAGGCAAAGGGUGGCUACUUAAAUCAAAAUAUUUUAUAUUCUUAUAACACUUGUUUGGUUACUACUUGAUUUCAUAUCUGUUAUUUCAUAGUUUCUAUUCUACAAUGUAGAAAAUAGUAAAAAUCAAGAAACCCUGGAAUGAGUAGGCGUCCAAACUUUUGACUGGUACUGUACAUGGAUAUUUCACUAGGCCUAUAGGCUGCAUUGUAUGCCUCUUGGGUAAAUCUGAGCAACAACAAAAACAUUUCAGGCUAUCCCGUUAAAACAACUAGAGACUACAGAAUGUCCAUGUUGUAAUUACAAUUUGAUUCUUAAUUGAUGGAUUUCUAACUCUCCUUUUUGUGAGGCGCAGCCAGGAAAUAGUUCUGUCCAAUGGCGAGUGGUGGGGUCGAUUAACCAGGAGGAGUCUCCAUCACCAGUUUGGGAACAUUUUGGCUUCCCAGUAAGAUUGUGGGGAUGGACACAGUAUGUUGCCAGUGCUGGAAGAGAAUAGCCUAUGCAGCUGCCAACAUCUCAACAUGUUGACACAGUUACGCCGACAUCACGCCAGUAUUCCUACCACCAGAACAAGACGGCAACUCAAAAAAACAGCGCAACGUCGUCUCCCCGCUGCAUUCAAGCAGCCCUUCUCAGCUGAUUCUGACCGGGCCAAAAUAAACAAAUGACGAGCGAUAGGUAUGUUUAUUGCCAUGGAAAUAUUCUCGGUGGUUGAGAAGAAUAAGGCGUUUCAGCACUUCUUGAAAGUGCUCGAGCCACGUUACGAACUUCACCCACUCGCACCCAUUUCAGCAGAUGGGUAGUACCCACUCUAUAUAAGCAAGCUGAAACAGAAGUUGUCAAUAAAUAGACCAAUGUGUGUUGUGCUUACUACAGAUGGAUGGACCUCCCAGGGCUACGGAGAGCUACUUAAGUGACAGCCCUUCACAUUUCCCUCAACUGGGAAAUGAAAAGUACUGCGCUACAGACACGCCCCCUUUAUGAGAGUCACACAAGUGCACAUAUUUCUCUUUGUAAGAACCUUAUAGCAUAGGCUUCUACAAUGUCUGAGCCAUGUUUACAUGUUGAUUUCAAACACAUAUUGCACUUUAUUUUAGUGUUGAGUAAUGUGUUUUCAUUUAAGAAAAUAUAAAGUGUGGGUAUUCCUGAUACCCACACUUUAUAUUUUCUUAAAUAAACUAAAAUUACCUAGAGUAACUUGACAUUUUCCCACUGUACCAAAUCCGAACCAUAGCGCGACCAUAAAACCAGGUUCUGUAAACUUUUACACCCCUCCUCAAGGUACCAUCCAGAGCCGCCUUGUGACAGGAUGGCAUGUUAUUAAUGCGAUUCCUGUUUGUCUUUAUUCACUGCGUCAGUUGUGAAUUUGUGCCUGGGUUGUUCUGGGAAUCCCAUGUUUCUGUGUUUUAAGGGCAUAGAAAAAAUGUGGGAGAGGAAGGAGCAUCUAUCAGAUUAAGAAUAUCAACAAGACCCCAGCCCACCUUUCUUUUCUAUGGCCAUGCUGGAAGAGUGUAGUGGCAUGGUGUCGUGAGAUGGGCGUGCUCCAAACUACAUGUCAGAGAGUGCUGGUCACUGCCAAUGGCAUGCCUUUUUCCAGCAAAUUCUGUGACCGUUGGUCCAUUGGCAUGUAUGCAGACUGACUGCUGCAAAAUGUUGUGUGUUCCCCUAUACUGUAACUAAAGCGGUAAUCCCCAUUCAAAAUAAAUGAAGGAAUUCAUGGGGAAACAGGGCAGCUCGUAGUUUAAAUGGUUAAAUUUGAACAUUUUCAAUCACAGGUAUGGUGCAGAUAAUCAACCUCAAGUUUGUCGUCAAGACAUCUUCAAAACGAAGCCCAUCGUGCAUGUUGGUUUGUAUGUAAAUGUUAAAUGCAUUAGUUUGUCCUUUUUAUGAUUCUUAUAGAAUCUGAAAUCAAGAAUAGUGUCAUGUUCUCUGAGACCUUCUCAUUAUUUGACUUCCUCUUUGUCAUGAAAGGUGCUUUGCGCCAACUGUUGCUGAUUGGACCCUGAGUCUUAAAGAAGAACGGAAUCUCAUGUGUGAUUUAUUUGAAGGUCUGUUUGAUGCAUUUGUCCUCUGAGCUGAAAACUCCCCUGUCGAACAAAUACCUCCUAGAGGUUUUUCAUUGUAAAUACAACUUUGUCAAAGUUUUUUAAAAGUGGAAAUUAUCAGCGUCACUUAAGUUCAUAAGUGACAAAAUAUAUUCAACAAAUAACCAUGUAUAUCAGCUAAAGCCUCAAAACCAAAGCCAAUACAAAUGUGAAUUUCCUAUGCUUUUGUAUUAUAACCAGCUACAAACAGCUCUUUGUAUUACAUGCCUGUACAGUUGAAGUCAAGUUGAUGUACGCCUUAGCCAAAUACAUUUAAACUCAAUUGAGAUGUACAAACUAUGGCCACGCUGUCAAUGAAGCAUGCCAAUGUUGAAUGUUUUAUCAUUUUAAGCUUGGAAAAGACACCCUUAAUCCCAGACUUGGGACCACACAGCCACUCCACUGAAUAGCAGGCUAGUGAUUGCUUUGCAAUCCUUGCAGUUAGGAUUUGCCAGUAGAUUGUCAACUUGAUUCAUAAUGAUGACUGCUCGCUAACAUUUUGAAAGUAUGAUGUUGACAUGAUCUGUCCAAUCAUAGCUACUUUAGAUAAAAUUACAUCAGAUCACAUAUCUGUGGCCAAUGACCUCAAACCUUCUUGGAUGGGCACUUCAAAUGUAACUCUAUGGCAGCACCCAAGGGGCUUGAAUUUGAGAGCUUUACCCUACCCUGACUACACCGCUUGCGUCGCGUGCUUUGCAAAAAUACAUUUAGAAAUCUAUGUUAAUUUAUUGCACCCUGUUACGAAUCCCUUUUGGCCCAACAGUCUAGUGGGAGGGGGGUAAUGAGACCCGUAACAUAACUCACGCAAUUUAUUAUAGUGACAAAGUAAAAGUGAGAACGAAAUAACCACAACUACUGAAAUCUACCGUCAAACUCAGGGUUUAUUGGAAAACACACGAUAAUGGGGGGGAGCAGGGAAAGGGGCUGAGCUGGACCCAAGGAAAUAAAUAAUAAGUAUUCAAAAACACCCCUAAGCUAGACUAGCCUAUUUCAACAACCGCUAACUAAGCAAAAAUAGUGGGUGGUCCGCCCAGUUCUAACUAGGGUAUUUAACAAAGUUUACCUACGGGUAGUGUAUGCCCAUGGGCGACUUGUCUUGGUUCCCCCUUUUCCCACCAGCAAACAAACACCAUAACCAAAAUCAAUACUCACAGGUGAGGACAAAGUGAUAUGGAGGUGCUCAAACAAAAGAGAGGUCAAUACAUAAAAAGAGUGAAACAGAGAUAUCUACAGACAUGGCAUUUACAGAGAGAUUGAGCUCUACAGCAAACAACUGACAGGGUUUUUAAACAAAGUGAAAGGGCUGGUGAUUGGGUAGGAAACAGUAGGUGUGUCUUCUGAUUGAUGAUUGGUGACUGAUUGGGGAUUUUCACCUGUGAGUGAAGAAGGAGAGAAAAGAAACACACACAGGAUACUUGUAUCCGUAACACACCCACACUGCUCGUGCGAGUCAGCGAGCGUCUGCGUUGCCAAGGGCUAAAAUAGAAGUCCUUUCUAUUAUUUAUUUUUUUACCCAAUUUUGUGAAAUCCAAUUGGUAGUUAGUCUUGUCUCAUCGCUGAAACUCCCGUACAGACUCAGGAGAGACGAAGGUCGAGAGCUGUGCAUCCUCUUGGAAGGAGGAGAGGUCACUAGAAAUGAUUCGGUUGACCGUUAAAUGUGUGGAUUAAUUGUCGGAGUUGGGGACCUUGUGCAUUUCGGGUAAAAUAACAACUCAAUGUUUAUAUCCCAGGACAAAUUUCCAAGCAACAGCAAGCUAGCUAAAUAGGACAAAUGAGCUAGCAAGCUAACUAGCUAAAUUGCCAUACAUGUUUAAUGCUUUUCGACCUGUCCCCAAAUUAAUGUCAUUGGUUCAGAGUUUGUUUUGAUAUUUUAACCUGCGUGUCAUGAUCACGUUUGGUGUAGUGUUGUACAUUUCAUGUAUUGUUUAGAGUUGUCGUGCCUUCGCUGGCAUGUAUCUAAAAUAACAUGUUUGCCUCACCAAGAUUGACAUGCAAAAAUUGCCACUGAAAGUAGUCCUGGUGAAUAGUAUGCACAAAACAAUGGUUGUCUUCAUUUAUAUCUUUGGUCAUGCUGUACAAUACUGAACAUGCUGUAUUGCAUCCAAAUUGAGUUUCAUUAAUAUUAAAGUAUUUAACUCACCUCA